UUUUGUGGCGUGGGUCUUCUCCAUUCAUAUAUGUACUGUUACCUGCGAUGUGCUUAUAGUGCUGCAACGCGCACGUUUAUUCAGCCACAACAUUGUAGGUUCGCCUGGGCUUCUAUUUCCAGUCCCCGCAUCCCUGGAGUUUUUGUUUGUUUGAGAUUAAAAACAUCAUUUAGCGUUUUGAGCAUCCAAAAACGCUACAUGCAAGCACCUGAAGCAAAGCGGCUGUGCACUGAGAAAAUGUCGGCGACUAAAAUUGGUACCCACAAUGGAACUUUUCACUGUGAUGAAGUGUUCGCUUGUUUCCUUCUUCGACAGCUACCGGAAUACAAGGACGCAGAAAUUGUCAGAACCCGAGACCCUGCUGUGCUGUCUACGUGUGACAUCGUAGUGGACGUUGGUGCUGAGUUCGACCCCAAAAGACAUCGCUAUGAUCAUCAUCAGAGGUCGUUUGGGGAGAGCUUCAGCAGCCUGUGUCCGGAGAAGCCCUGGGUGACCAAGCUGAGCUCCGCUGGCCUGGUGUACCUGCACUUUGGCCGCCGUGUCCUGGAGCAGCUGACACAGCUCAAGCAGGGUGACAGACAGCUGGAGGUCCUCUAUGACAAGCUGUACGAGAAUUUUGUGGAAGAGGUGGACGCGGUGGACAACGGCAUCUCGCAGUACGAUGGGGAGCCGCGCUACGCUGUCUCCAGCACGAUCAGUGCCCGUGUGAGCUAUCUUAACCCACGCUGGAACAGCAAGAGCCAGGACACAGAGGAGGGGUUUCACAAGGCCAUGGAGAUGGUGGGAGCUGAGUUUCUCGACCGUUUAGAUUACUACCAGAACGCUUGGCUUCCGGCCCGUGCUGUGGUGGAGGGGGCGGUCCAAAUGAGGACUAAGGUAGACCCCAGUGGGGAGGUGAUUGUGAUGGAGCAAGGAGGCUGUCCCUGGAAGGAGCACCUGUUCUCCCUGGAGAAAGAGCUGAAUGUGGAGACGCCCAUAAAGUUUGUCCUGUACCCUGACCAGAACGGCCAGUGGAGGGUCCAGUGUGUCCCUGCCGGUCUCCAUACUUUCCAGAACAGGUUGUCCUUGCUGGAGGAGUGGCGUGGGGUGCGGGACGAGGCCCUAUCCUCCCUCAGUGGGAUCCCAGGCUGCAUCUUCGUCCAUGCCAGCGGCUUCAUCGGCGGGAAUGCGACCCGGGAGGGGGCGCUGGAGAUGGCCCGGCGGACCCUGCAGGCUGCUGCCCGAGCCGGCGUCAAUGGCAGCUGACCGUGACCGUGACCGUGACUGCGAUCGUGACUCCACACCCGUGUUCUUGGGAACAUGACCUGCACCAGCAUGUAUGUCUCCUUUGUAAUAAAAUAAGUA